UUAAUCGCACUGAUUUUGGCUUGGGAUGAAUGAGUUUGACGUUCGCUUGGCUGAAGUGGCGGACCUGGAUGCCAUCAACAAGCUGAUCCGUUCGCCAAGCGUCAAGUGGUUCGGUAAUAUUCGGCCGAAAUUCCGAGGCAAGGAGUGCCUGUUCCAUUCAUAUCAGACCUACAGGUUGUUGGCCAUUUGCAGGAAGUCCUCCGCUUUGGUGGCCUACGCCGAGAUCCGAAAUUACCCUUCUAUCGGUGCCCUGCCCAGCGAUUCUUGGUUGGAAUGGCUGUCCGUUAGAUACUGUUUGUCCUUGUCUAUAAGCUGGCUAAAUGCGUUGUUCAUCAACUUUUGCAUCUACGAUAGUGAAUAUCCCACGGCGUUUGUUGAAAUCAUGAAGGACCUGUUUUAUAGGGAGAACAGGAUUUGGUAUCUGAUCGCUGUGAGGACUCCGAAUCUGCGACAGCCCACCCACUUUAAUGAGACAUUUGACGACUUGCAAAAAAUUUCUGGUGUCUACUAUCCGCAUGAGUUUAGCAUGGAAAAUAAUAGCAACACGCAGUCAUUAUAUAUUGUCGAGCGAUUCGAACUGCUGCCGAAGCUGGCUUACCGGAAAGCACUACCAGAGGACAACGAUGAUAUAGUUGCUAUGCAAGAAGUCGAGAUGCCCGAACUGCGCGAGGAGCUGGGUGACUUCUAUAUAGCCGAGGAGGUAAUGUAUCAGGAUCCCGACAGUGAGAAGAGUUUAUUGGUAGUGGCCGAAAGCACCAACGAGUGCGAGGAAACCAAGUUGGAUGUCUUCCUUUGGUUGACCACGGAUAUCGAUAUCCUGUUCUAUGUGCGCAACUACGAGAUGGAACAGUUCGGCAACCUGGUGAAACCUACAGAUGGGAAAUCGUUCCAUUACGAAAUCCUGACUGUAUCAUCUGUUCAGCGGAGAGGAGACGCCAGUAUGUUUACCGCUGAUGCUUUAGAUGAUCUGGAUGCCAUGACAAUUCUGGGUGGUCUGCAAAGAAUUGAUAGCGGCAUGAGCGUGGCCAGUCUUGGAAAAAUGAAGGUGAGCUCUAUCCACGGCACAAUUGUGGAUACAAACGUGGCGUCGGAAAACAAAUUCUACAUGAGGGAAUGCCUGUACGCGAAGUUCAAGUACAUUUUAGAGAAACUGCAUAGCACGGAUUACUAUAUGCGUCACGAGCAAAACGUAAUCAAUUUCAUAUAUCCCGUGGGAAAAGAGCCCGCAGGUCCUGCGGCCAUAGAUUUGGCUUCGAAUGUUUUCUUACUGAAAAGCAUUGUUACCGGAGAGGAUUUUCCGCUGCCACGCCUCUUCAACGCUAUAGUUGCCAUGUUCUGCGCUUAUCCAGAUCGGGACUACUGCAUGGUGCUCAUCCAGGCGAAGCACAAGGCCAACAAGAGCUUUCUGGAGGUGUUGCAGUACUUUAUGCCUGUGGUCUCACGUCCCAGUAAUGUGGGCCAUUUGGACGACGUGUAUAUUACCCAUCGAAGUACCAUAUUUGGGGAAAUCAGUCUGUACAAGCUGCGAAAGGAAGACGUAGCCGUGGUGCACAAUUUGGCCUUGGGAAGCUUGGCCAAGGAGAGGCACUCGGCUACAACCACAUCCAGUAGCUUUUCAUACUGCUCCAAAAUAAAUGAGAGAGCUGAAUUGGACCAAGAGCUUCAUGUCCUCGAUGCCAUUAUGAAGGAUGUGCUGGAAAACGAACUCAGUGACUUCGCAGUGUUCACCAUUCGUUGUGGGAACUCCACGAAAGCCGUCCAUCAAAAUACUCCGAUUGGGUUUGUGGUGCUCCGUCCAUUCCUCAAUCAUUCUCAACUUUUCAAUCAUUACCACCUGCCCGAGCACGAUAGUCAUUUGAGUGGACGAAGAGCUGAAAUCAUUUCUCUGCGAUUGCAUCCAUUAUUCCUGGUUAGCGCCGAUCUGAUCUUCAGGGAUUUGGCCAGGAAGACAAACUUUUAUGACUUUUUCUUCAUCAGUGCAUUCAAUGGUUAUAGAUACACCAAUGACUUGAGGAGAAUGAUGAUGGUCGUGGAGCCCAAGGCCAUAAAAAAGGCUCCGGUUUUUUUCCGACUCUACAAGGAGCCAAAGAAGCCAAAGACCAGAAUAAAUCUGCCAAGUCCCAAUUUCUCCAAGGACCAUUUAAUCGUCUAUCGGCAUAAACUCAAUCCGGUUAAGUGGUUCACCAACAGCAGGAAACUGGUCAUCAUUGGCUUUAGUCCAACUGCGAAAGCUUUUCUGCGACAGCUAGUUUUUCAAUGGAAUUGCAAGGACCACAAAAACUCGGAUAACUUUACAUGCCUCAGCUGGUUCCAAGUGACUGUGAUUUGCCGAGCGGGUGUUGUGGAAGCGGAUUACGACAGUCUUUUCAAGUGUCCCUAUUGCACAAACACUCUGGGCUGCUACCUUUCCUACCAGAACGAUUCCUGUUUCAUUAGGGAUUGCUGUGUGCGACUGGAUCUGCGAUAUUGGGUGCAUUUUGUGCCCGGAAGGGUGCAAUUUGUUAACAGGGAGAAAAAAAUCGUGAAGCUGGAAACUUGCGAGAUUCACUAUGACACCUUGUUCAUAAUGUGCGACCGUAGUUUUUCAACCCGACUUCCGACAGAGGUCAAGGCUCGUCCCUGCAACUUUGUUGAAAUCAACUUCCGACUGAACAAGUUUCUGCUUUUCUAUAAGGUGCGAGCACUCCUGGAAGAUGUGCCGCGAACCUAUUUGAUCCUGGUUUAUGGCAAUAACUUGUCCACCUACGAAUGCAUCGCGUUUUUGAUUACCCAUGGAGUAGAUUGCUCGAGGAUUGUAUUCGUCCAGCCGCAUCGAUUUACCGGCAAGGAUGCGGAUGCCAAGGAGAAGAAUCCGUACUGGGACAAGAAUCUGCAGCUCAUCCUAGAUGAUAUUCUCACGGAUAAGGGGAUCACCAUGAUCACGGACUACAACUUUCACCACUACAACUUGCACCAAACAACUGAUUUUAUAAUGGAUGUGGUUUUUCAGCACUUUCCCAGUAGAAAGCAGGCGACCUUCGAGUGCGAUAUAUUUAUUUCCUUUGAGGAGGGACAUCUCCACCAAAGGCACCGUAAAUGGAUAGUAAGUUCCGACAUCGAGGUAGAAGGCAAUGAAAUUCUGGUAAAUAAUAAAUAUCAAACCAAUGAUCCCGAUAUUUAUGCCGCUGGUAAAUAUAUCAAAAUCCGAGACUUUCCGAAUUACCAAUACAAAUUUGCCAGUGAUCGAGAGGUUGCAAGAAAGCUUUUACACCAUAUUGGCAUUGCUCCCUUGAAAGAUUUUGAGGAGCGUUUCUCUGAGCCUCUUCUUUUCCAGGCCAUCCUGCCACUUCGGUAUUUUAUUACCAAAGUGACGAUGCCGCGAAGAUAUCUCAACUCCGAAUUGCCUGUCAUGGGCAUUUGCAGUUUAACUACUUACAAGGAUAACACCUUUUGCAGGGUGGGAUUGUCCACGCGAAUGAUGGUGGAUGAGAUAGUGGUUGUAACUAAAUUGGAGUGCCACUUGGACUUCCUGCAGCAUUUUUGUGGCAAGCAUGAACUGCUCUUGAACAAUCUCAAGGCUCGCUAUAAGGCCAAAACCAUUAGCUCAUUUCUGAAAUAUUUCCAAGAACCCUGGACCGAAUUGCUUUUGCACGAGAACUUUGAAGAUCUUCAGGCGGAUAACAAGGAACUGCUAACUCCUAUGGUUGUUUCUACAUUAUCUCGUCCUAAUCGUGGAGCUCUGGGAGAAAUAACCGAUAUGGAUUUCAUCACUUUGAACAAACGAGUCAUGGAGAUCAAGCUGCUGGCAUUCCUUCGAGAGCAUCGACGUGACUUUCGGCAUAAGUUUGCCCUUCCCGAGGACUUUCUCAAAUCGGAUUCGACUGAAUGGGAGCAAGAAUGGAAUGCGAUGGCCGAGACGCAGGAUGACUCAUCCGACUCUACAGAAAGCUAGUUUUCAGAAUCGAAGCAAUCCGUUUCUGUACUUUCCGAUUUCCUUGUGCAGUGCUCCAAACUCAAAUACACGUUCAACCAAUAAUA